CCAUUGCCUCAACCGAACAAAUGAGCAAUAUCGCCGAUAGGUUUGCCGACUUUUAUUAUCGUUGAUAAUAGGACUCCUAGAAAGAUAGAAUUGGUGAAUUAAUAAACGUGGUUAAACUUUAAAGUCCUUAAUCCUCGAAAUUAUGGCUACCAUACUGAAAACCGGCAAAUUGAUAUGCUACACACUACCAAAGAACAAAUCGCCGGCCCAUCUGAACAGAUAUUUUCAGACUUUACACAGGUACAAUGUUCCCCUGCAAAGGUGCUUGAAUGACAUCUUGCGCAAGCAGAAUGCUGUUAGUGUUGGUCCAGUCUUAGGUCGAGCUCGAAUGUAUGCAGCGCCUUCAGAAAAAAAAGUAUUCCAGAGGUCUAAACCCCAUUGUAAUAUAGGUACUAUUGGACAUGUGGACCAUGGAAAAACUACACUCACAGCUGCCAUUACUAAAGUUUUAUCAUCUAAAAAAAUGGCCAAAAUGAAACAAUAUGCUGAUAUUGACAAUGCUCCAGAAGAAAAAGCUAGAGGAAUCACAAUUAAUGUUGCUCAUGUUGAAUAUGAAACUGAAGCUCGACAUUAUAGCCAUACUGACUGUCCAGGACAUGCUGAUUACAUCAAAAACAUGAUUACUGGAACAAAUCAAAUGGAUGGAGCUAUUCUCGUAGUAGCUGCAACUGAUGGUGCUAUGCCUCAAACUAGAGAACAUUUAUUAUUAGCUAAGCAAAUAGGAAUUUCUCAUGUUAUUGUAUUUAUUAACAAAAUAGAUGCAGCUGAUUCAGAAAUGGUUGAAUUAGUUGAAAUGGAGAUUAGAGAAUUAUUGACUGAAAUGGGUUUUGAUGGAGAGAAUUUACCAGUUAUUAAAGGUUCAGCCUUGUGUGCACUUGAAGGAAAAGAACCUGAAAUUGGUGAAAAAGCUAUUGCAACAUUACUUGACAAAGUUGAUGAAUAUGUUCCACAACCUGUUCGUGAUUUAGACAAACCAUUCAUGCUACCAGUAGAACAUGUUUACUCUAUUCCAGGACGUGGUACUGUAGUGACUGGUAGAUUAGAACGUGGUAUAAUUAAGAAAGGAAAUGAAUGUGAAUUUGUUGGUUAUAAUAAAGUUAUAAAAUCUAUGAUCACAGGUGUUGAAAUGUUCCACAAAAUUCUUGAGGAAGCUCAAGCUGGAGAUCAAUUAGGCGCUUUAAUCAAAGGUACGAAACGUGAUGAUUUAAGACGUGGCAUGGUGUUAGCUAAACCAGGUACAGUAAAAAUGCAGGACUUUGUCACCACUCAGGUGUAUGUAUUAAACAAAGAUGAAGGUGGAAAUGGCAAACCGCUUGUACCUUACCAGCAGUUACAAAUGUAUUCAAAAACUUGGGAUUGUGCAUGCCAAUUGAACAUUAUAGGCAAAGAAAUGGUUAUGCCCGGGGAAGAUUGUUCUGUUGAGUUAAAAAUGAUCCGACCAAUGGUAUUGGAACAAGGACAAAGAUUCACGUUGCGUGUAGCUGGUGUUACAGUAGGAACUGGAGUAAUCACUGAAGUCAAGAAAAGACUAUUAGAAGAAGAAAGACGAGGACUAUUAGAAGGUAAAAAAUACCGAGAAAAAAAAAAGGCUCAGAGUUCUGAAUAAGUCUAGUAACUUCAUCCUUCAUUGCAAGACCAGUAUGUACAUAAAGUCAUUAUAUGUAUCUUAAUACUUAAUCACAAAGUGCAUUAUUGAUAAUUUUGUAGUUUUAAUAUAUUUGAAUACAAACACUUUUAUGUUUAAUAGUUAUACUGUUGAACGUAUUUGAAUAAAAUGCAUUAUAUCAUAAAA